UAGUCCACUUUAUUAGUGAAACUUUGAACAUUUGUUUGCUCUACUGACCGGUCGUCUGUACCGAAACGUGGUGGUAUCUAACUACAGGGCGUAUGCAGUGUUUUAGUAAGUCAUCGCCAUUCUUGCUAUAGUCGAGAAGUACAACGAACCAUCACUUAGUAGCGCGUCAAAAUGAGUUCAUACGUUAAAUGCGACGACAUCAAAGAUAUAGUGCCUGUUCCGGAGCCUGGAAAGAAGAGCUUCGGUGAUUUCUACCUGGAGGCAAUCGACAAGUUUCCCUCAAGUUUUCUGGUGGAUGGCACUUCGCACGAGAAACUGCACUUCUCUGAUUUGGCAGCCAGGAUCAGAUACUUCAGCUCAAAUGUGCUGGAGUAUGGAUACAAUAAGGGCGAUGUAAUUUGUCUGAUGAGUAAGAACUGCUCAAACUUUGUGAUUGCACUGGUCGGCUGUUCCCUCUCUCACGUCACAGUUUCGCCCGCUAAUCCCGCCUACACGGGCACAGAACUGCUCUACCAACUAGAAGUAAGCGACUCCAAGGCCAUCAUAAUUCAGAACAGUCUGCUGCCCUCACUCGAAGCUGCACUGUCAACUGCUAAAUCUGAAGGAAAAAACCUGCAAUUGGGGGAAAUAUUUGUGCUGGACAUUUCGUCUGAAACGCCAACUAGCAUUGUGGGUGUUGGAGUUGUGCCUUUUAGUAAACUGACGGAGAAGCCCCCUGGGAAAUGGCGAGAACCGGAGUCUGUUUUGGACCCGAAGAAUGAUAUGUGGCUGCUUCCUUUCUCUUCAGGAACUACAGGUCUACCGAAGGGCGUCUCGCUGACACACUACAAUAUGAUUGCAAACGUCUGGCAGCUCAUUCAAUACAAGAGCCUGUUUGACCUGAGCGAGAGAAGCACAAUGAUUGGCGUGUUGCCUCUCUACCAUAUCUACGGACUGUACAUCUACUCUCUCUGCUGUCCUAUGAAGGGGGCCAAUGUGGUGUUGCUUCCAGAGUUCCAGCCAGUCUCUUUUCUCUCUGCCAUCCACAAGUACAGAGCGACGCAUGUUUACAUCGUUCCUCCUCUGGCUCUGUUUCUAACCAAGGAUCCAAGAGUGAAGCAGUAUGAUUUAACUAACAUCCAGGACGUGUUAUGCGCUGCGGCGCCACUAGCACUUGCGACUGCUUCUGAAUUGCGGGACAGUUUACGCGAUUGGGGGGCAAAAGACGCCAUUGUUCGACAAGGAUGGGGCAUGACCGAACUCAGUCCUCUCGGCUCCGUCGGCCGACUGGACGAAACGGACUCGGAGAAGUUACUCGCAUCUAUCGGGGACCCGGUGGCUUUGACCGAGUUCAAAAUAGUGGAUCUGAAUACUAACGAAGUGGUGGAUUUGGGGAGGGAGGGAGAGAUAUGUGUUCGAGGACCUCAAGUGAUGAAGGAGUACUUCAAGAAUGAGGAGGCCACUAGAAUUACAAUUGACUCAGACGGAUGGCUUCACACAGGCGAUAUAGCUAAAAUCCACAACUCCCAAAUUCUCAUCACGGAUAGACUGAAGGAGCUAAUCAAGACCAAGGGAUUUCAAGUGGCUCCGGCUGAGCUGGAGGGAAUUCUGUUGACUCAUCCCGCUGUGCAGGACUGCUGUGUGUUCGGCAGACCCCACGACUCCCUCGGAGAAGCGCCCUCCGCUUGUGUGGUGCUGAAACCAGGGGGAGGAGCUAGUCGUCUCCCCUCGGAGCAGGAACUGAAGGCAUUUGUGGGUCAGAAGGUGGCGCCUUACAAACAAUUAGCCGGUGGGGUCACUUUUGUGGACCAAGUUCCGAAAACAGCCAGUGGCAAGAUCCUCAGAAGAGUGCUCAGAGCUAGAUUUACUUGAAUAAAUUGUUUAAUGUAUUUUCUGAUGUAUUUAGAAAAUGUCUUUCAUAGUUGAGUUUAUGAUAUUUAGUUCAGUGUUUUGUUUUUUAUUGGAUGUCAUGAAAUAGAUUUCGAACUCAAAAUUAAAUAUAUAUAUAUAUA